CAACCUCCUGGCAAGUGAAUUUGGUUUUUGUUUCUGACUAAUACUUGACGAUAGGCAUAACAAGACAAUCAACGGUGAGGCCGUCUCUGAGCCCAGCGCACUGACACGCCCUAGCGGUUGAUAAUUAGUUACGCUCAGUCUUCUCGACAUAUCAGCUCUUCAUUCGUGUCCUGUAGUCAACGCCACAAGGAACACGGGCCAGACUCCGGUCGGAGUACUUUUGCAAGCCGGAAGCCAAACCAAAGCUUCGCCUGCUUGCCAUUUUACCUGGCGUUCAUAAAAGCCUACUAAGGCCUGGCUCGAUAUCGGCGAGCAGCGUUGACUUGGGCCCGGCAGUCUCUCGUUGAGACUCGCUCGGCCGUUGCUUGCGUCCAAGAAGGCGGACGCCCGCGUGCUGGCCUUUACUUAUCAUUUUAGCUCAGCAGCCGUAGCAAGCAGUCGCUGAUAUGAAGGGAGAAGGGCAGACGGACAAGGACAAAGCAGCGGACGUCGCAAAGGAGGGUGCUGCCAAGGAGGAGGAGGCCAGCACUGCGCCGCUGCCAGACAAGGUGCUUGUUGGGGGCUCCCCGGAGUAUUAUGUGGAGCGCAAGCUGGGCAAGGGCGGCUUCGGCCAGGUCUAUGUCGGCCGCAGAGUGUCGUCAACAAAGCAAAAGGACGGCCCCCAGGCGAACCAGGUGGCUUUAAAAUUUGAGCACCGCAGCAGUAAAGGCUGCAACUAUGGGCCCCCCUACGAGUGGUCCGUGUACAACUCGCUCGGCGGGGUGCACGGCAUCCCUAAAGUGCACUACAAGGGGCGGCAAGGAGACUAUUACAUCAUGGUCAUGGACAUGCUGGGGCCCAGCCUGUGGGACGUCUGGAACUCGUCGGGCCAGGUUAUGUCUCAGGAGAUGGUGGCGUGCAUCGCCGUGGAGGCGCUGUCCAUUCUGAAGGAGCUGCACGCAAAGGGGUACGUGCAUGGUGACGUGAAGCCGGAGAACUUCCUGCUGGGGCAGCCCGGCACGCCAAACGAGAAGAAGCUGUACCUGGUGGACCUGGGCCUGGCAACACGAUGGAAGGACGCCGUGUGCGGAACACACGUGGAGUACGACCAGCGGCCAGACGUGUUCAGGGGGACAGUGCGUUACGCUAGCGUGCACGCGCACUUAGGGCGGACAGCCAGCCGGCGUGACGACCUGGAGUCGCUGGCGUACACGUUGCUGUUCCUGCUCAAGGGCCGGUUGCCGUGGCAGGGCUACCAGGGUGACAACAAGGGCUACCUGGUGUGCAAGAAGAAGAUGGCCACGUCCGCGGAGAUGCUUUGUCGGUACACGCCGCCGGCAUUCCGCCAGUUCACGGAGGCGGUGGUGAACCUGAAGUUUGAUGAGGAGCCCAAGUACGAGGCGUACAUGAAGCUGUUUGAGCCGCUGUGCGGCCCGGCACCGUCACGGCCGAUUCUGGUGGAGGGCGGGGCCAAGGUCGGCCAGAAGCGCCAGCGCGAUGCGGACGAGCAGCUGGAGGACGCGGGGCCGAAAAAGAAGGUCCGCCUAGGCCUGCCGGCAACGCAAUGGAUCACAGUCUACAACGCGCACCGGCCAAUGAAGCAGCGGUAUCACUACAACGUGGCCAACACGCGCGUGGAGCAGCACGUGGAGAAGGGCAACGACGACGGGUUGUACAUCUCGUCCGUGGCGUGCUGCCAGGAGCUGUGGGCACUCAUCAUGGACGCCGGCACCGGCUUCACGGCACAGGUGUACAACCUGAGCCAGCACUUCCUGCCCAAGGAGUGGAUCAUGGAGAAGUGGGAAGAGGGCUACUACAUCACCGCGAUGGCGGGCUCCAUGUCGGGCAGCAGCCUGGUGGUCAUGUCAAAGGGGACGCCCUACACGCAGCAGUCGUACAAGGUCAGCGACUCCUUCCCCUUCAAGUGGAUCAACAAGAAGUGGAAGGAGGGCUUUUACGUCACUUCCAUGGCCACGUCACACACGCGGUGGGCUGUGGUGAUGUCGCGCAACGCCGGCUUCGCUGACCAGUGCGUGGAGCUCGACUUCCAGUAUCCGUCGGAGGGCAUCCACCGCCGAUGGGACGCCGGCUUCCGCAUCACCGCCUGCGCCGCGACACCGGACCAGUCAGCGUUCGUGCUCAGCGUGCCGCGCCGGCGGCCAAUGGAUGAGACGCAGGAGACGCUGCGCACGUCAGCAUUCCCAAGCUCGCACGUGAAGGAGAAGUGGGCGAAGAACCUGUACAUCGCGGGCAUUGCCUACGGCCGCACGGUCAGCUAGACGGCUGAGCUGUCAGUCCAGGAGCCUGCUGUUUGUCAGUGUGGCCUCAUGUUAUUCCUUGAAAUGCGCGGGCCGCCUUGCGGUUGAGAUGGCGAAUAAUGACGAUCUCUUACUCUUAGACAAAGACAGACAUGUGGGGUAUGUUUGGUUUCCAUUGUGCACCGACUUUUGGGGCUGUGUUAGCCCACUGACUGAUGACGCAGCGGGACUAUACGUGGGGCUGCGUCAAGCCCUUCACUGUGACUGGCAUCCACGAGUGCCUCACAUUGGGCAACUUAAAAGCGCCUGACCGUGUGUUACAGAACAGUCUGGCAAACCCUAAACAAAAGUGACGUCCCGGUAACGCCGGCGACCGGACAUGGUCAUUGCGACGUUGUGAGGGGAAGUGUUGAUGAUGGGCAUCGUUUCAUGUAGAGGAGUGUAUUGGUGGGUGUGAGCCAAGUGGGAGAGGGAAAGUGUUCAGGUACGUGUGUCUGAGACGGGGAAGACGGAGAGCAACAGGAGCAGAAUGAUACAAAUAGCCGGCACAGAGGGAACGUGCCAGAGCUGUGCAAGUGUGCCAGUGAGUAAUGCAGAUACAGUAUGAGGUAAAUUGGUACCUACU